UAUUUAAUUAUUUGAUACUUUUUUCAUGAUGCAGUUCACCGUAAUUCUUUUCAUCGUGAUGGUUGUAUUGGUAGCUAUUCUAGCACAACUGGAGCUCGAAUCAGAACCACUUAUAGCUCAAAGAUCCGCAACUCUCUCGUCGGACAAACACGAGACUUUUCGGAUGGUGACUGACCUCCAAGGUUUUCACAAGUGGAUGACGUUUGUCGUGUACGUUGCUGAAGACUUGGAUACCUCCCCCCAAGUGAAGAUGGGAAAACCUUUCCGAAUGUACGCCAGCUCUCCAAUCGGAAAAAUUGAGAUUCCAGCGACGAUCACCAAGCAUCAGUAUCCAUCGCGGGUUGAGUUUGAGACCAAGGGCACCAUGAUGUCUGUCAAAUCCAAUUUUAACAUCGAGGAUGGAGAGAUGGCAGGUUUCUCCAAACUGACUUGGAAAAUCCAUGCCAAGAGGAAAAGCUAUCUUUACUGGGUCACUGUUGUCCAGCCUCUGAAAUUCAUCCUCUCCCAACAAGUGACUGCAUCUCUCUUCAAUUUGAAAGUACUUAUGCAAUAGCUGUGAGAAGUAAAGCUACCCUCUCCACAUUGAUAGCAAUAAGGCUGAGCACUCUGUGUCUUUUUUGGUGAGUUCAAAAUAAA